AUCAAAAACAACAAAAUGAUGAUGAUAUGAUCAAUAAUAAUAAUAAUAAUAAUAAUGAUAAUCAAACAAAAUCAUCACCAUCAUCGAAAAAUAUUCUUUACAUAAGUAAUUCAUUUGAAGGUCCAUUAUUUCAACAUCUUUGUCAACAACGUAAACCAAUUAUUAGUGAUAUUGUUGUUAAAUAUUGUAUUGAAAAUCGACAGAGUCUUCCAAUACCAAAAAAUCCAUUGUAUAAUUAUUUUAUGAAAGAUUUUGUCAUCUGUUUUUCUGUUCAUGAUAAACAUAAAACGCGCAUGACAAAUGAUUAUCUAAAUUUGAUUCGUUAUAUGGGUGGCCAAAGUCGUAAAGAUAUGAAAAGUGGUCGAUCAUUUGAACGUACACAUUUGAUUGAAUCAAAAACUGAUUCGGAUAAUUAUAAUUUGGCUGUAAUAUAUAAUUUACCAAUUCUUUGUAAAGAAUGGAUUGAUCAUGUUUGGCAAAAUAGACGUGAAAUAAAUUUUAAUCCAAAUGAUGAAAAUAUUUUAGCCAAAUAUCGUUUAAAACCAUUUACAGAUUUACGUAUUGCUUUAUAUAAUUUUCGACCAAAAGAACUUGCAGAAAAAACAAAAUUAAUUAUUGAAUAUGGUGGUUAUUCAAUAUCAUUUUGUGAAUCAAAUACAACACAUUUAGUGAUUAAUGAUCAUACUGAAAUUGAUUGUGAAGAUAUUCAAGAACAAUAUACAAAUUUACCAAAAUUUAUUGUUUCUGAAUCGUGGUUAACCAAAUCAAUCGAAACAAAUUAUCGUCAACCAGAAGAUGAAUAUUUAAUAAAUCUUCCAUUUAAUGAAAAUAAAUUGAUUAAUAAUUUAAUGACAAAUGAUUGUUCAUUCAAAAAUUCAAUAUUAUCCAGUCCAAAUUUUGAUAAAUCAUUUGAUGAAUCUUCAUUAAUUGCUGCUGACAAAAAUGAUCUCAAAAAACAGGCGAUUACUCAAGAAUUAUAUCAAACUGAAAAUAAUUAUGUAACAAUUUUAAAAGAUAUUAUAAAGAUUUUCAGCGAUCCACUUAAAAAUCAUCAAUUUCCCGGUGAAUUACCAAAUGAAAUUGAAUUGAAAACAAUAUUUGGUGGUUUGCCACCGAUUAUCGAUGUACAUCAAAAAAUAUUGGAUGAAUUGGAACCGGUAGUAAAAAAUUGGAAAGCUGAAAAUGAAAUCGGGAAAAUAUUUCAAAAACAUAAACAAGAUUUUCUUACUGUCUAUCCUCAAUAUGUAAAUUUUUAUGAAAAAACCAAAGAAAUGAUUGAACAAUGUGUAAAAAAAUAUCCUAGAUUUAAAUCUUUUUUAAAGGCUAGUCAAGAAUCACAAGAAUGUCGUAAACAAACAUUUCAAGAAUUAUUAAUCAAUCCAAUACAACGAUUGCCUCGUAUUGAAUUAUAUUUACGAACAUUGUUAAAUAGUACGGAUGAACUACAUCCCGAUCAUAAACUAUUGAAUGAUGCUUUAGAAACAAUUAUUUCGGUUAAUAAAGUAAUCAAUUUAGGAAAGAAAAAAAUUGAAGGACAAAUGGAAUUAUUUGAAUUAAUGAAUGAUAUUGAAGAUUGCCCGGCUACAUUAUUAUCAGCUAAUCGUCAUUUUAUUGCCAAAUGUGAUGUAAAAAUAUUAUUAGAAAAAGAUGGUAUCGAUGAUUAUGAACAACAAUUUAUAAGAAAAUUAGAAAAUAACCUAUUUACAUUGUUAUUAUUUACUGAUUGUAUUCUGCUUUGUAAAAAACGUAUAGUAACACGAUCAACAUCAUUAAAAGAUCGUGCAAAUAUACCGAUGAGUGCAUCGAAAAAAACUAAAAAAACAUAUCGAUUUAUUGAAACAAUCGAUUUAACAUCAUUAAAAUGUAUCAUCAAUGAAUUUGAUGAAGGAGAAUUGGAUCCAGUUUAUUUGGAUGCAUUUGCUCUAUUUGUCAAACACGAGGAACGUUAUUUUAAUACAUAUCCAUUCAUUGUUAAAGAUAUUUCAAUGAAAAAGGAUAAAUUUAUAGAAGAACUGGUUCUUGCUUAUGAACAAUCGAUGCAAUUAUUAGUUGAUGAUGAUAAUGUUAACAACAACAACAACAAUAAUGAUGAUGAUGAUGAAGAUAUUCAAUUUUUAAAAAAAGGAAAUUUUCAUGCCAUCGAUUUUGAUCAUCUAGUAUUAUUGGCACGUUCAUUAGAUAAAUCAAAAUAUUUUAAACGAACCAAAGAACGUUUAAAUCGUAAAUUAUCAUUCCGUCGUAAUACAUCUAGUCUAUUAUCAGCAUCAUUGGAUAAUAUUUCAUCAGCUGCAUCACCAUCACGUUUAUCAAAAGUGUUUAGUUUUAAUUUUUUUACACCAAAAGGAAAUGAUUUAAAUGGUAAUCAACAACAACAACAACAUCAUCGUCAUCAUCCACCAAUUCAUCGCCAACCACAUCAACAACCACAACAUUUGAGUAAUGAUUUAAAUUCAUUCAAUGAAUUGACGGAAUUAAAUAAUGCCGAUAAUUUUAGUUUACCAGCAACACCGAUACCAAGAAAAAAAUAUUAUAAAGGUGCUGCAACUGAUUUGAUUAGAUCGAAAAAAAUUUAAUUGAAAAUCCUCAUCAAACAACAACAACAACAAAAAUUCAGAUUCAUCGAUCUCGAUUCUCUAAAUCUUUAUAUUUUCUUUGAUUUUUUUCUUCAAAAAAUAUUCUUUCUAAAUCUACCCAUCCAUCCAU